AUAACAUACAAUGUAGUUAUGCAGGCACUCGAGCUUCACUGGUGGACCGAAAACAUGCGUCUAUUCAGACAGCGCCCAGUGACUUGCUGCAGCAUUCCAACAAUGAAUUUAGUGCCAUAAGGUUCAAUCCGGCUAGUGCGUAAACUCCGAAAGCACAACGAAAGGUUCCAGCUGAUGACUCCAUGUCAUCUGUGUUUAGUAGCCCCUGUGCUUAUGCAGAUGACAGCAGCUUCCAUCCAACACCUGAUACCACCCUGGAAGUGUGCAAGUUGGUGAUGUAAGAAAAAAGAGCUAUCUGUGCAUCAUCUCGACCAAAUUGUCCGCUAGCCUUAUGAACAAGGGCUUCGAAAGAAACUUGAGGCUCUUGCCAAGAGAGCAAACUGCAACAUACUGCACCGGAGGAUACAGCCAAUAUUUAACCACAUAUACUGUAGUGUUUGCAUGUCGGAGGAGGAUACAGCUCUUCGGCUCAGCAUCUGGAAGACGCACUGGUUCAGCCGUUGACAUGCCAGUCACGCGGGAGCCUGCUGCGAACUUGGAGGACCAGUUUGCGAAGCUGAUUAGGAGCGCCAUGCGCUUCGCUAUGCCCGUGGCACAGGAAGUGAUGGCUCAAGGCGCAGUGUCAUCGGCGUGCAUCUCCAGCUUGUUAGUUCUCUACAAGGGCCUAGCCCGCUACGAGAUAUGGGCGCUCAAAUGUGAGUCGCAGCACAGACAGCAUUUGUUCCAGGGGGUUGAGAAGUUUUAACUUGAGGUGAUGUCAUGUGUCAGAAAACUGAUGUUACGGGAAGAUCC